GCUGAGUCUCUGUUUCUGAAGAAAAUUAUCGGGAAAGUAAACCCGCACAGCAAUCUGUUUGCAAUUAUUAGACGUAGUGCGAAAACUUCUAACUUUCCACUCACUAUGUCUGGAGCAACUCCGUUACCAGUUCACACGAGCGACACAUUUGAGGACCUCAGCGGCAUCUCAACAGCGGAGUUCAGCAACCCUUACGAUGCGUUGAUUACCGCAUGCAAAGAUGAUGCUGCCCAGAUCCAAAACCGUUAUACGGUCCACAGGACGACGCGGAACUCUCAACAAAAGUCCAAGAUGUUAGACGGAAAUUUUCCUGGCGUCAAAAUUGACCCAAUUCUUCUUCGGUUAUGUGAUUCCACAAUUGAACCUGGCUACGUUGAUCCACGCCAUUGCCUGGUUAUGUGGGCACGACCAACCCAAAAAGUCAAGGAGUUGAUCCAGUGUGUACAGCAAGAAUUACUAACGACGGCUCCAAGCCUAUGGCUCAUGCCCCAGGAUUGUCUGCACAUGACCGCGCUGGAAAUUACUCACUCUCGAACCACGAAGGAGAUCCAAAGCCUAGUCGACAUCAUGAAGGAUAAAGUCCCCACAAUCACAGACCACACCUUCAAACAUCGUGCCCGCCUCAUCAAACCAAUGAUCGGAUUUGAUGCGUCAGCGCUAGCACUCAGUUUUGUACCCGCAGCCGGAGAAGGUCUACCCUCGGGCAGGACGCUAAAAGAUGAUCAGUUCACAUAUCAUCACCUACGCCGUGACCUUCAUGAUCUCUGCCGCGAAACGGGAGUGCAGGUGGAUUCUCGUUAUGUUGUACCGUCUAGUCAUUUGACAAUUGGUCGCUUCAUCAGACCUGAAGACUUUGCGACCGAGACGGGAGCGCCAGAACCUAGGAAGAUGGAUGCAUUCAUCAAGAAGAUUGAAGAGAUCAAUGAAUGGCUUGAAGUGGAGUACUGGCCUAGGGGCAAUGGGGACAAGAUUCCCGCAGGUGGCGAAUGGAUAGUUGGAGAAGAGAAGGGACUCAAUUGUCGAAUGGGUGCACUCUGGUAUGGUGGUGGUGAAUCUUCCAACCCCCCCGACAAUAUGUUUAAUCGAGACCGACUUCCAGGUUUGCCUGGGAGUUCCCCGCGCCCGUCCACGCGUAAUGACGGCUACGUUCGACCACCACAACAGCAACCUCCGCCACGACAGUCAGGUUACGAUACUAGAAUGGGGGGUUAUGAAGAGGCGCCACCGUCAGGUUACGGCGCACCUCCAGGCGCUCAGCGAAUGCCUGCGAGAGGACCGCCCCCAUCUGGCGGAAUGGGCGGGGUAAGAGGUGGGCCAGCGAUACAGCUGCGACCGAUCAAGAGCCCUGGAGGGAAUGCUUUUGCAUUCGGAAAUCUUGUUGCGGUUUCCCCUCAAGAUUUCCCCCCUACUCGCGACGGCUCGGAUAUCUACAUAAUGGUCAAUGGCAACUAUGUGCUAUCUGCUCGACCAACAGAAGGAUGCCGGCCAGGAGAGAUAGGACUUACAGAUGCCCAGCGGACCUGGGCCAGUAUCACUCUUGGCCCACAAGACAUCGUCACGGUAGAGCCGUAUGAUACUUUUAGCCAAGGAGGACAAUCAUAUCUCGGCAAUCUCGAAGUAGAGGUUGGGUUCGCUGCCAGGAAGACAACUGAUACUCCCUACGAUCAGGAUGAGCUGGCGACCCAGUUCAAGAAGAACUUCGAGAAUCAGAUUCUUGCUCCAGGGCAGCAACUACUCAUGGAUAUUAAGAAUAUAUACCUCCGGUUGUCGAUACGCACGGUUCAAUUGGUAGACCUUUCAAUGGAGAAAUCCGACUCAGCGUCUUCUGCUCAGGUCACCGAUCCUAGAGCGCGAGGUAUACUCACACGACAUACUCAGAUAGAUUUCUUUAAGGAUGCUCGAACCGAUAUAAAGCUUAAGGCUUCCAAUAGGAGACCUGCUGCUAACUCGAUAGUUCAGCCGGGCUUCAAAUUUGAAGAUAUGGGCAUUGGUGGUCUGGAUACUGAGUUUAGCGCCAUUUUCCGAAGAGCCUUUGCAUCUCGUAUUUUCCCCCCAGGGCUAGUAGACAAGCUAGGCAUCCAGCACGUCCGAGGUAUUCUUCUGUACGGACCACCGGGUACAGGCAAGACCUUGAUCGCGCGUCAAAUUGGUAAAAUGCUGAAUGCAAGAGAACCUAAGGUUAUCAAUGGUCCCGAGGUUCUCAACAAGUAUGUUGGUCAGUCCGAGGAGAAUAUCCGCAAGCUCUUCGCCGAUGCAGAGAAGGAGUUCAAGGAGAAGGGUGACGAGAGUGGACUCCAUAUCAUCAUUUUCGACGAACUCGAUGCCGUGUGCAAGCAGAGAGGUUCGACUGGUGGCGGGACUGGCGUUGGCGAUAGCGUUGUAAACCAGCUACUCUCGAAGCUUGAUGGUGUGGAUCAACUGAACAACAUUCUUCUGAUUGGUAUGACCAAUCGAAUGGAUAUGAUCGACGAGGCGCUGCUGCGUGCGGGACGUUUGGAGGUUCAUAUGGAAAUCUCACUUCCGGAUGAAAUCGGACGAGCCCAAAUCCUAAAGAUCCACACAGCGAAAAUGCGAAAAAAUGACGUUAUAGAGCAUGAUGUCAAUCUCGAAGAGCUAGCGAAGCUCACGAAGAAUUUCUCCGGAGCUGAGAUCAGUGGCCUGGUCAAAGCAGCAUCUUCAUUUGCUUUCAGUCGGCAUAUCAAGGUCGGUACAAUGGCAGGCAUCAAUAGUGAUGUGGAGAACAUGAAGGUCAAUCGUCAGGACUUCUUCAACGCCCUUGAAGAAGUGAAACCGCUCUUCGGUGUCGCAGAGGAAGAGCUCGGGAAACGCAUACGGGGUGACAUAAUCCACUACUCCACUUUCAUUGGAGACAUCCUCGAGGAGGGGCGGCUUUACAUCAACCAAGUCAGGAAACUAGGCUCAACGCCAAUAUUAUCCGUUGCCCUGCAUGGCCCCGCCGGGAGUGGCAAGACGGCCCUCGCGGCGAAAAUGGCCAUGGACUCGGGCUUUCCUUUCAUCAAACUAGUGUCACCGGAAGACAUGGUUGGGUUUAGCGAGAUGCAGAAGGUACAGCAGCUUGACAAGACGUUCCGAGAUGCAUACAAAAGUCCCCUUAGUGUCAUCGUGAUCGACAACAUUGAGAUGCUGGUUGAUUGGGUACCCAUUGGGCCUCACUUCAGCAACUCUGUAUUGGUCGCACUAAAAGUUUUACUUGAGAAGCAACCUCCGAAGGACCGCCGACUACUAAUCUUCGCGACGACGACUGAGCGUUCGGUACUCACCCAACUCGAUCUCUUCAGCCGUUUCGACGCCGAAAUCGCAGUACCGAACGUAAACACGCAGGCUGAGCUCGCACACAUUUUGCAGCACAGCGGAGCGUUCUCGGACCAGGAUCAACAACGUGCCAUUGGUGAGAUUCAGGAGAUUACCGGUAGUGCAGAGGUAGGGGUCGGCAUCAAGAAGAUCUUGACAGGCAUCGAGACAGCCAAGCAAGACCAGGAUAUGCCUGGACGAUUCGCUCGUGUAAUGUCGCGAGGAAUCGCGGCCAACAGAAGUGCGUUUGCAUAAGGCAUAAGGAUAGAAUUAGG